UCAUUAUAUAUGUAUGUUCCUCUACAAAUUAAAAUUCCCUUUUUUUCUCCUCUCUUUAUCUCUUGAUUCUUUAAAUUCCUUGCUUUUUUUAGGUUUUGAUAUAUGAUUCUUCAAGUUUAUUACUUUGGCCUACCAUUUCUUUUUUAAAUUUCUUCAUUCGAUCGUUUCCACUUUUAGAAUUUCGAUCUGUGAGUUUCUUUAAAGGCUAGCUAGCCAUCCAGCGAAAAUUUCUCUCUCUCUCUCUCUCUAUAUAUAUAUAUGGAGAUGAAAGAGCAACCGAAUCGAGCUCUUCCCGCGGUUCCAAUGCAACUACUCUUUCCAUUGUCAAUCGAAGAGAGUAAAUCCAGGAGUUCAUUGUCUCCCAAAAUCUCGGGAAAUAAAAGAAGAAUGGAGUGCCCUUCUUAUUCUUCUUGUUCUUCAUUCAUGGAAAGCUUGAGCGUUGGUAGUGACGAGGAAGAUCCGGAUGUGGUUUCCGAUUGCGAAAGCGGGAUUUCGGGUUCGCCCGGCCGGCGUGAAGGUGAAGAUAGAGGGUGUGGUGCAGUAGCAGUGGAAAACGGGCUAAUCAGAGUCCAUGAAGACGAUAGAAUUCAUGAGAUUGUGAGUCAGAAGUUGGUGGCCGGUUUGGGUAACGUGGGAAAUCAUACUACAAUCGAGGCCAUUCAUAGGAAUGGUUUUCGGAGCUUGACGAAGAAGGCGAAGCUACAGACUUUCGAGAUUUUCGCGAAAGCCGCGGAGAAAGAGUCGGGCGGCAAUGCUAAUGUGCGGUAUGCUUGGUUUGGAGGUUCCAAGGAAGAGAUAAACACCAUUGUUUCGCACGGUUUUCUUCCUUACAUGAUUAAUAAUGGAAGCUAUGGCCAUGGCAUCUACCUCUCACCUGACCAUUUUCCUCUUGGAAGUGUGAAAUGUGCAGUGGGCGAUGAGAAUGGUGUACGACACUUAUUGCUUUGCCGCGUGAUACUGGGGAAGAUGGAAGUUGUGGCAUCCGGUUCCGGGCAGUGGCAUCCCAGUAGCCAAGAUCAGUUUGCUUCAGUUUCAGGGGUUGAUGAUUUAGUGUCUCCCAGCAAGUAUAUUGUGUGGAGCAGUAACAUGAAUACUCACAUCUUGCCCCAAUACGUCGUCAGUUUCAGAGUCUGCUCUGCUGGAGUCCAAAGAAAUGCGGCGGCGUUUCCACUUGGGAAACCGACUUCGCCCUGGAUUUCUUUUCCGGCUCUCAUUUCUGCACUGGCUAAAUACUUGCCUCCUCAAACCAUGAACUUGAUUACCAAGCACCAUAAGGAUCAUAGAGAGAGGAAAAUCUCAAGACAUGAGAUGAUACACAAUAUGAGGAAGCUAGCCGGAGAUGACUUGCUUGCUGCAAUCAUAAAAGCUCACCGGACAAAAUCUCAGUCCGGAUUCCAUGAUAUGAUAUGAUGUUGUUGAAAAACCUAGUUUUAAGUUUAUUGGAAUCAGAGAGUCGGUACCUCAUAUUCCGUGCAACUUUAAUUUGGUUAGGACAAGGCAGACCGGGGACUUAUAUAUGUAUGUCUUUUGUUAGUUUAUUAUAUAUAUAUUUUUUAA